AUGGAUGGACAAACAGAAAGGCUUAAUAAGUGCCUGGAGCAGUAUCUUAGAUGUGUGUUUUAUCAAACCAUAUUCAUGGUCCAAGUGGCUACCUCAAGCAGAGUGGUGGAGAGUCUAAGGUUGGGCAGUUCAAGAUAUGAUGCAGCACGUGAUCAAUUAAAUAAGUUGUUAAAGGAGCAAUUAAGUAAGGCCAGUAAUCGUAUGAAACAGAUAGAUAGACAUAUAACAGACAGAGAGUUUAAUGUUGGAGAUGAGGUUUACCUGAAGCUUCAACCCUACAGACAUACCUCUCUAGCUUUAAGGAAGAAUUUGAAGCUGGUUGCGAGAUACUUUGGUCCCUACAAAAUCCAGCAACGAAUUGGUCAAGUGGCAUACAUGUUACAGUUACCAUCAAAUUCAAAAUUACAUCUCGUAUUUCAUAUCAGUUUAUUAAAGAAAAAUGUUGGAAAAGGACGAGUACCUUCAAUUGAUCCUUCAGAUAUCAAGACUGAUGGUCAGUUAAAGGUUUACCCAACCAUUGUGUUGAAUAAGCGAAUCGUCAAACGCCAUAACCAAGCAGUCACACAACUACUCAUUCAAUGGACGAAUAUGGGGCCAACAGAAGCGACUUGGUAA